AUGCUCCGAUCGCCCUCAAUCUCGUCCUCAAAUUGCAAACCCACGACCAUCAAUGACCUUCCUGAGGAACUGCUGCUCAACAUCGGCGCGCAAUUUACAAAUCUGAACCGCAAUCGGGACCUUGCAAACCUUGCGCUUGUAUCCAAACGAUGGCAUCCUAUCGCGCAGGAAUGGUUACUCAUAGAGCCGAGGUUUAACCUCACGUUCAUCGAUCGGUAUAUGUGGGAGAUGGGCCAUCGGUCCCACUUGCUGUCGCGCGUUAAGAGAAUGGAAAUUUGGAGCAGCAGUGAAGGACGAACAACAAAGACGAGAUAUGUUAGUCGCACUGGAGUAUACAUAUACCUCGCCGACGUCACGUAUACUCCGACACCCGCUCCAGAUCGCAUAACGCAGGAAGCUGAGUUCAUGGAGGUGUGUAAGACCAUGAUCAAGCACUACGCCACCACUAAACGACAUGCGAAGGAUUGGAUAUACUCCCUCCAGGCGGACAUUGUUCCCGCGCUAUUCGGCGUCCUUCUCUGCGCGCUACCCAAUCUACGUGAAUUGAAGGUCGGCGACGCAUGGCUGAUGGACUUCCCUUUCUUCGCCAAUACGCGUUCUCCGUCCGCCAUCGCGAACAGUCCACAUCCAUGGGCAUGGGAACACAGCUUCCUCAGCGGCGCGCUUACAGCCACACUACCUCUUCUGACAGUCUUAGAGGUGCCGAGUGAUAUGACGGCUUUGAUUUUCGACCAUAGCAUGACCACGCUUUUUGAUUUCCGACGUUUCGAGAACCUGAAGGAACUCACUCUCACCAUGAAGGCGAUUCAAGGGCACGGAACCUUCCGCCAAGCAACCCCGCUCGCUGACCCAAGAGAAAUCUUCCCGAAGAUACUGGAAAUACUACGCAUUAGCGAGGCGACACAUAUCACAGCCAACUUCCUCAACCAACUCUGUCUCGCCAAGAAAACCUCCUAUUUCCCCAGCCUAAAGCGUGUCGAGGCCUACCACAUGGAACAUUUAGAGAACACCAGAUUCAACGCCAACCAGAGGAGAUGUCUAGACCCAAUAGAUGAUGUACGCACCAUGUUCCGCGAUGCUGAGGUUGCGGUGUAUCUCUACUUCCCGCCCUGGACCAUGACGACGUGGGAGUCGGAGGGUGGUACGCCGUGGAGAAUGAAGACUGAACCGGACGAGCUACAUCGUGGAGAAUAUACGUGCUAUAGGAAAGCGAUGGGUCCUUUUGGAGUACCCCAGGAGCCGAUGAACAGGGUUGAGAUUGAGUGGGACGCUGAGGGAGAUGCAGUCAUGAUCUAG